CCGACGUACAAAGUAGAUGAAGUGCCACUUCUUUUAGACAUGCUGCUCAAGGUCACCAUAGUGACGGUUUAAAUGUAUUCAUUAAACUUACUAUUAACAAUAUUUACUCCAAACCUCUUAAAACUGCAGAAGACAUCCACGCGGUGAUUUUCAUACGUUUAACCUAUAUGUAUCAUAGCUAGAAAUAAACAAUGACAGUCUUUUAUAUGAUAACACAGUCAGGAAGAAAAGCUCGGAAGACUGCGCCCCGAGACGAACAUGAUUCAUUAUUCUAUAAGUAAUCCAAAGGUUUACACGUAGUAAAGAAAACAUACCACUGGAUGAUAGAAAGAAAAAUAUCUUGUCGGACACAAAACAUACAUGGAUAUGGAGACAACAACACGUUUAAAAGCUAAAAGUAUUAAGCGGAACACCAAACGCAGUACAACGGGUAAGGCGGCCAACAAACUGACAACAAACCCUCCGACUGGAGAACGUUCAACUUCAGGUACCAAUUUCACAGUACAACGACACGUGAAUAUCACCAUUUUUGCAACUCAAUUCUCAAGUAUAUCAGUGACUACAACACCUGACCUUGGUAGUCCUAGAAACCUGUUUGUCUGGCUCCCAAUGACAGCAGCUGUUCUCAUAUUCCUUAUCAUCAUUUGUGUAUGUGUUAUGGUGUGUCGUCGCCGGAGGGAGGCUACGGCGGAGACGUACAACAACUAUUCGCAUGUAGAUCAGACUGAGUUUGUAGAUUUUAACCAUGCUCCAGACCAGAUUUCGAAGGGGGAUAUCGGAUACGAGGAUGUGACCAUUGCUAUGUUUGACAUUGUCAAUUCUGGGAAUCAAGAUGUUUCAGAAUCGGAACAACUUCCAUUAGGGGAUAAGAAUAGCAAUAUUCUAGAAAAAGAAAAGUUUAAAAAUUCAAACAUGACAAUGAGUGGUCCACAGUUUUCUGAACCAAAAGAAACUUUUUCAUUGGAAAGGGAUCAAAAUCUCCAAUUUUCACCUUCCGAAAUAAAAAUCAACACCCUUGACGCAAUACAGUUUGAGAAACCAGAAUCAGAAAAUUUUCAAAUAGGAGAGAGAAACGACUGUCACAAUACUCUUGUAAAUGAAAAUUUGCUUGGUCCACAGUUUUCUAGGCCAGCAAAGUCUACACUACCAGGAAGUCUUCAAUCAUCACCAACAGAAUCUGAAAAGCCGAAAUUUUUUCCAGCAGAAGGAGGAAGUGAUAAUUAUUUUAUCCUAAAGCCAGCGACAUCAUACACCGAGGAUGAAAUUGAAGACCAAGAAGGAAGUCAAAAUUAUUUUACACUUGAGUUGUCACCAAAAUGAUUGCCGAUGUUAAAAAUGAAAAACAGAUACUCGGAACAUUAAACGUAUCAGUGUAUGCUUUCAUUAUUUUCGAAGUAGUGGAUAUGAAAAAAUAAAGUUAAUAUUAUUUUAUGUUGGUGUCCUAAAAGCAACUAAAAAGGAGCUUGCACUAUUAUUGAAUAAACAAAAGACACUGAAUAAACAACCAGAACGACACACUAGUUUUUAAUUGUAUACAUGUAUUAUAUAAUACAGUUUCAUAAACACUGUAUCAUUGAUAGAUAUAUUUAGCAUCUUUGCACAAACACUGACGGAAUGACAAUCUGCGGUAGUGAAAUGGACAGGAUUUACUCGUGAAGCAUAGUCAAUCUAGUCCCAUAUAAAUAAGAAAAAUAUAUCAGACGUCCUAGAGAAAACUAUUUUUAUACAUGUACAGUUGUUGAGCAACCUUAAGCUUAAUUUAAAAAUAAAAUUUUGUCAAACCAUC